AUGUCAACCCCCAGACCGCGUUCAUCAACCCAAUCACCAGCGGAAAACCAACAGAUUUACGAUUAUUAUUCACAGUCGAAAAUGGCACAGCAACCUCAACAGCCACAAAAAAGUCUCUGGGAUCGUGAACCAGCAGAUGUCGCAAAUAUGCCACCGGUCUACACUCAAGAAUACGAAUACAAGGCGCCAGCCCAACCUCAACCUACAUACCUAAUGACUGAUGGAAAGGGAGGACCGAGGGAAGUGGUAUAUGUUCAGCAACAAAAGGUUGAGAAGAAACACAACAAAGAUGAUGUCGCUUUAGGAUGUUGUGCAGGAUGUGCGGCAGCUUGCUGUUGUGGUUGUAGCGUGAUGUGA